AUGAUCCCCCCCGGCCACGUUCCUUCGCUGUCUCAUCGCAGCAAUCACGACACCUCGUGUCUACCCUCUCCUAAUUGGACAUCUAAUGUCCUAUAUCGCAACAUUCGUAUCGGGCUUCCCAGCUCCGCAAAAGUACCAUUUUGUAUUCAUACGGUCACAGUCCAGCUUCUUCCAACAACCUUAAUCAUUGGCGGACGGGCCUUCCUGGAAGCCAACAUCGGCCAAUGGGACAAAGGCGAGACCAUCUGGGUGGAAAAGGUUUCGUAUAGCUCCGCCGUCCUAUCCAACGCCUACUGCAUCUCUGCUGUCCAAGCCCCAACCUUGGCCUGGACAGCCACAGGCGACAGCCUCAUCAACAUCCCCUCCAAGGCCAUCUCCAAGUUCGCUCAAUUCUACUCAUGUCUGCCGCUGUUCGCGCACGAGCCCAGCUGGCGCCUGCGUUUCUCCCUGAUCGAAGGCUCGCUAUGGUUCCCACGGCUCGCCGCCAGAAGACUCGAUAUCUUCCCGCGCACAAACAUGGAAGAAGACAAAUACCUACAGUAUAUCCCCCAGACAUGGACCAUGUCCAACAGCCUCCACGACGGCGCCCUCGAGCCAGACCUCAUGUGGGAGAUGAUGGUCAUCUCCAUGCUCAACUACCAAGCCGACGAGUUCCUCGAAGCCGUCGUCGAAGAGCACCUCAUGGACCAGAUCGACGCUGUCUCCGCCCUCGUCGAGCGCCUCUGCGAUGACUCCCCUGCCGAGCCCGUCUUCUCCGACGUCGACGGACCAGCAGCAAAUCAGCCCAUCUCACUCAACGGCGACAAGCCAGACAUGCACCACGUAGAGCAAGUCCUCCGCCGCUUCGUCACCUACCUCCUGACCCACCCCGCCGUCGUGCGCUCCCCACCCUCCGUCCAGCGCACCCUCCGCCGCGAGCUCAAAGUCUUCAUCCUCGCGCACCUCGCCCACGCGCAAGACAAGGCGCGGUUCCGCGCCCAGACUCUCGCCGCAGACCGCACCACUGAGUUCGCGUCCCCCCGCUCCUCAUACUACACCUGGGUCCGCUCCACCUCCGCCGACCACACCAGCUGUCCCUACUCCUUCCACUUCCUCAGCUGCCUGAUCGCCAAACCCGGCGAGCCGGCGUUCAAGGGCCCCCGCCAGAGGUACCUCGCAGAAGACAUGUGCAGGCACUUGGCGACCAUGUGUCGGCAGUACAACGACUACGGCAGUAUCGCGAGGGAUCGCGCGGAGAAGAAUCUCAACAGCGUGAAUUUCCCUGAGUUUUGCGCGGUGGGGGUAGAGGGGGCAAGUGCGGGUCUGAAGAAGACUGUUGUACAAGUUGAGCAGAAAAUGAAGGGCGAGUUGAUGUGGGUUGCGGAGUAUGAGCGCGAGUGCUGCAUGGCGGCGCUGGACCGGCUUGAGAAUGAGACGGGCUUGGAUGCGCGCACGAAGAGGAUUCUGAGGAUGUUUGUUGAUGUUACGGAUUCUUAUGGGCAGAUUUAUGUUGCGCGGGAUAUUGCUAGUCGGAUGAGGUAGAUUCCUUCUGCUGUUUGAAAUGUAUGGC